UCUCUUCAUCUUCCUUCCAAGGCGUGCAAAUUUCCCACUUUUUUCCUCUCUCAGUCAAGCGUGACAUCUUGUGCUCAUUAGUCAUUAACCUCCUCCUCCCCCCUGGAAACACCACCAGUCCUUACUCUCCUCCCUCAAGUUUCCAAAACCCAGGAGUUUUUUGGAGAGAAAAAACACUUGCUUUUGCUCCAAUAAUGCUCAUUUCUUUUUGAUGUACUGGCUCUUCUUUCUUUCAUGACUCUCCACUUGUAUUCCCUGUCGGUAUUGCAGCUUUUGAGUCUCUAUCAAUACCCUAACAAAAGUGAAACAUUUUCUCUACUCCUUGUCUCUCUUUGAUAGACUCAUUUUCAACGUAGAAAACAUGUAUAGGCGGGAGAAAACAAUGAGAGAGGAAAGAUACAAGCAUGGCAUCAAGAACCCAUCUUUCUCUUCAUCACUUCUUGAUGAAAUCUAUCGUUCUAUUGAUGAUGGUGAACCAAAACGUGAAGAGUUGAAGUUCUACAGAGAAACAAUGCCAAAGAAACAAAACAAAAUUGGCAGGAACAUUGGAGGAGAAGCAGGGAUGCCAACUCUUCAACGUGCUUGUUUGAUCGAGAAAUGGAUGGAGCAGAAGGUCACCCAAAAGGCCAUCACUCAACAGAGGCGGCAAAACUCAACAGAACUUGAGAGAAAAGCACAGCUUGAUCAUGAUCUUGACCAAGAUGUCCUGUUUUUUAGCUCAACCUCAACCUCUUCGGAUUCUAGCUCUGGUGGCUUCUCAUCUUCUGACACAGAAUCUAUGUACGGUGCAAGAUCAAGGGCCUCUUCUUUCAAUCCACCAAGACCUAAGCCAGUCAGGACAAGCCUGUCCGCUCGGUCAGGAAAAACAGAGAAAACAGAGAGGACUCUGUUCCAUGAACAGAGGGAACUGCGUAUGUUUGAUGAUUAUCACUACAGCUCUGCUUCAGAACAGACACCAAGGCUUGAAGACAACAUAAUCAAGUCCAAAUCAAGAGCCUUAAAGAUUUACAGCAAUCUAAAGAAGGUGAAACAGCCAAUUUCACCAGGUGGGAAGCUGGCGAAUUUCCUCAAUUCCCUCUUCACCACAGGGAACUCAAAGAAAUCAAAGAGCUCAUCUUCCAUAGGAAACUUUGAUGAAGAAAGGAAACUUAACUCAGGACAAGCAUCGACCUGCUCUUCUGCUUCAUCAUUUUCAAGAUCAUGCUUGAGCAAGCAUUCGCCAUCGACCAGGGAAAAAUUACGCAAUGGGGUUAAAAGGAGUGUUAGAUUUUACCCUGUGAGUGUAAUUGUUGAUGAAGAUUGCAGGCCAGUCGGCCACAAAUCAUUAUAUGAAGAGGAAGAAUCAAGUCUCAUGUCUGUUUCUCUGCCAACAGCAUGGAAAAUAGGGAAAUCACCAUCAAGAAAAACUGAUGAUGAGCUGAAGUAUCAAGUAAUGGAGAAGAGUAGGAGAGUUGAGGAGGUGGCUAGAGAGUUCUUGAAGGAUCACCGUCAAAAUCAGAAGAAAAAUGAUGUUACUAUGAUUGAUGUUCGCGGAAAAUAUAAUGAUCGCUAUCACGAUGAGGAUGAGGAUGAGGAUGACGAUGCUGCAAGCUAUUCGAGUUCGGAUUUAUUCGAGCUUGAUCACCUUGCAGUAAUUGGAAACGAUCGUAGGUAUUGUGAAGAACUUCCCGUGUACGAAACUACUCAUCUUGAUACUAAUCGUGCCAUUGCUAAUGGCUUGAUAGUGUAGCUUCUAAUUACUAUUAUAUGUAAAUUUCUUUCCUUUUUUUUGGUUAGUUUUUUUUUUUUUUGUUCAUAAUGGGUCAAGGUGAAGAUCCAUUUUUGAGGUUAUUGGAAAUCAUAGGAAUGGUGAAAGGUGAUGGUAAAUUAAAAUAUAAUUAAUUUGUUAAUGGUUGAUGCCAUCUCCAAUGGCAUAAUUUAGUGGCUCUAAUUAGAACCAUCUUUCUGUUUCUUGCUA